AUGGCAGCCGUACACAGACGAAUAAGGCGUUAUAGACGCUAUCGCAGGGCACUGCCAGCCCCUCGGGUGUUCCGUGACAGAAUGGAUCCCCUCGCCUUGGAUGAUAAUGAAUUAUUUGAGAGGUACCGGUUCCGAAGGGCAUCAAUUCUCUUCAUUCAUGACGAAAUUAGAGGAAAUUUGGAACGGAAUACACACCGGAACAUGGCACUCUCGCCAAUUCUCUCUAUCUUACUUUGCUUACGAUUUCUGGCCACCGGGGCAACACAUCUUCUUAUAGGAGACAGUCUAAAUAUUUCAAGAAAUGCUGCAGGGAGGGAAAUUCGGGCUGUAACCUCUUUGAUCAUCCGUGUUUUCUUAAGAUUCAUCGCCUUUCCCGUUGGAGAAGUUGCCUACAGAGUAAUGGAGGGUUUUAGACGAAUUGCAGGUUUCCCCCAAGUACUCGGAUGCGUGGACGGCACUUUUAUCAAAAUUACGAUGCCAUCUGAAAACGAGGUGGACUAUGUAAAUAGAAAGGGGUACCAUUCAUUGAAUGUGCAGAUGGUAUGCGACCCCAAUUUUCGAAUUACAUCACUAUGUGCAAGAUGGCCUGGGUCAACACACGACAGUAGGGUAUGGAGAUCAUCCGCGCUAUGCCAUCAAUUCGAGAGAGGAAUACACAGUGGACUUUUACUUGGAGAUUCUGGAUACCCCUGCACUCAUUACCUCAUGACUCCUUAUAAUGUACCUUCAAACCGAGCCCAGGAAAACUUCAACAGCUCGUUGUGCCGUACCCGUGUUCUCAUAGAACAAACCUAUGGUGUUUUAAAGAAGCGGUUUCAGUGCCUUCAUUACGGUCUGAGAUGUUCACCCGAACAAGCUGUUGAUUAUAUCACUGCUUGUGUCUUACUACACAACAUAGGGAUAGAAAAAUCGGAUAUUUUCAUCAGCAGUAAUUGCGCAGAUUAUGAUUUUCAGGAAUGCAUCAAUCAUGCCAUGAAUGUAGAUCGAAUUCCGCCUAGUAACGAUGGUUGUAGGAAGAGAGAUGAAAUUGCAGAUUUGUUUUUCUCUUGAGUUAUUUUGCUAUAUUCAAUUCACAAUUUCUGUUCAUUUAAUCACACGAAUACAAUUGAAGCAUAAUUUACCCAUGCAAUCCGGCAGUCUUUACGGGAAAAUAUACAGGCAAUAUUAAUAUGCAUUUGUCGAAUCUAGGUAGAAAUGAAAAUUAGUGGUCAGAGAUGUCAUAAAUUUUAUUACCAUUUCAUACAACUCGAAUGAUAUAACGCUCGAUCAGCUUUAUCCUUCUUACUUUCAACUCGUAUAAUACACAUUCAUUUAUCUACAAAAUAUGUGUAUUCCUAUACAAUAUUUUC